AUGAUGAGCUUAAGUCUGGACGAUAUCUUAGUAUAUACCGAACUCGUUAUAGAUACAGUGCCCAUGGCUGCAAAGAAGUUGUAUGAAACUUUAGAAGAAUUUGCAGAAAAUAAAAAUCUUUUACCACAUGGCUUCCAACAGGCGAUUACUGAACAACAGGCGAUCAUUCAACAACAGGCGACCACUCUACAACAGGCGACCACUCAACAACAGGCGACCACUCAACAACAGGCGACCACUCAACAACAGGCGACCACUCAACAACAGGCGAUCCCUCAAAUGCAAAUAUAUCAAAAUAAAAUCCAGGUAUAUGAAAAAUUGAAAUCCUGUUGCAGGCCGGAAAGUGCACCUAAUGAUGAUUUACCUGGCCGGAUUCCGUCUCUGAAUCAGAUAGACGAAAUAGUAAGAAAGGCUAUUGAAAUUGCCACUCGCUGUGAUAAUGAGUCCCGUUGGAAUGGCGCUGUCAAUUUAAGAUUGCUUGAUAUGAUAUUUGAAGAUCCUCUUACAGGACCGAUCAGCAAAUUUGGUGCUACAGACUGUACCACGGCCCAGCUACACAAAGAGUUUAGACCAGUGGCUUCUACAGCUAGGAUGAUUGACGGCUGCAUAUUCCGUUCGUUUGUGGAUGAUAAAGAAUGGAUAUCCGCUAUAAAGAAAUUUGCCCGCAUUAAUCCUACCCAAUCUAUUAAUCAUACCGACUUUAUACCGACUCAAUAUAAUCCUCUUCUACUAAGCAUUGAGAAUAAGAAGCCUGCUGCAGAAUUGGAGAAGGCAAAGCUACAAAUCGGCAUGUGGCAUGCUGCACAAUGGAAGUUUUUGGAAUGGGCUGUUGGUGAGAAGCUUCUUCAACAACGGAUAGCCCGAGGCCGUUAUGAACCAGCUACAGCUCAAGACCAGGAAGACUUUAAAAAAGAGAAAUUUACAGCAUUAUCAGCACUUGGCUUUAUCCCAGGUAUUAUCAUCAGUGGAUUUCGAUGGGUUCCAGUGCUUUCUACAUAUGAUAAUGACAAAAAAACUACCGUCUUGUGGACAGACACAGCUUUUGGGACAACUAGAACAAUAAAGGGAGCUUAUGCCGCUGUUGCUGGUGUUCGGGAGCUUACCGCCUGGGGGAGGGAUGUUUACUUGCCAUGGUUUAAAGAACAUGUCCUUAUAUUUGAUUGA